CUAAAUUUAUUAUUUCACGUCCUAAUUUUAAUAUGCAAUUUACCAAUUAGUCCAAAUUCAAUUUUUGACCAUAGGGUAAACGAAAGCUUCGCUGCGUUCCACCAAUGGAUAAACCCGCGCGGGGCUGCUUUCUGACCAGAGGGCCAACAACCACGUUGCUGCGUUCCGACCAACGGAUAAAGAACAGCUUCUCUAUCUCGACCCUCCGACCAGUGGAGAACAGAUCAGCUGUUUUCAGGUUUUGAACAGAGGGAUUUUCAGGUCAUGAGAAGAACGGAUGGAUCGAGAGCUUACCUUUUCCAGUCAUCUUCUCCGGCAAGAAGCGGCGCAGUUGGAUGGGUAGGUUUGUUUUUUAUUUUGAUUUAAAAAUCUUAAAUGGACAAAAAGGUAAAUAUGCAUUAAAUUUAGGACGUUCUGCCCAUUUGUAAUUGUUUUGUCACUUUGUGUCCUCUGCUCCUUUUUUUUUUUUUUUUUUUUUUGUGUGUAGGAAGAGUGACGAAGUAGCGUAGCGCCUACUCUUUAUUUGUUGUUUUAUAGUUUUUUAUUCUUUCAUUUCGUUUUGUUUUUGUAUCCUUAAUUUGUUGCAGUAUGCACUGGUGCAAAAGAGAGAUCUUGUGCUCCCCGAAGACGGAAGGAGGGCUUGGCUUCAGAAGUUUCAAAGACUUCAACUUGGCACUCCUGGCAAAACAAGCAUGGAGACUCCUCUCCUCACCGGAUGCACUCUGGAGUCGUCUGCUAAGAGGACUGUACUUCCCAAGGGGAAACUUCCUUUCGACAAAGAAGGGCAGUAGAGCAUCCUGGAUAUGGGCGAGCCUAUGGGAGGCCAAAAAAGUUAUUGAGAUGGGAACGGUAAAAGUCAUUGGAUCAGGUGAGGAAACAUGGGUGGAUAAGGAUCCGUGGGUCCCUACCCUUCAGAAGGGGACUAUUGGAAGCGGCCCUCAGAACCACAUCAGAGUCAAGGAGUGGAUUGAACCGGGAGAAAGGAUCUGGAACUCAAACCUCAUUCAGGGAAACGUGACGGAGGAUGAAUUGGAAGCUAUUUUGAGAAUCCCUAUUGGGGAAGAGGAUUCGGAGGACUUUUGGGCUUGGAAAUUUAAUAAUGAGGGCAAUUUCACUGUCAAAUCAGCGUAUCACGCGAUCCAUGAGACCAACACCAUCACUGCGCCGCCAGGGAACUCUGAGAAGUGGAAAUGGAUUUGGUCUCUACAGCUGCCCCCGAAACUCAUUUUCUUCAUUUGGAGAUGUGCAAAGAAUGGGAUUGCCACGAAAGAGAGGUUGUGGCAUCGUAAAUGCUCUCCGGAUGCGACAUGCCCGGUUUGCCAGAAUCAACUUGAAUCCAUCGUCCACUGCAUGUUUGAGUGCCAGCAUGCGUUAUCUUCGUGGAACAACAUUUUCCCAUCUCUUCCACUUCCACCUCAAUCCACCACCUUCUUUGAUUGGUUCUGCUCAUUGAAAGACAGUGUGCAGCCCAAUAGUCUCAUCUUGAUUGUCUACCUCUGCUGGAAUAUCUGGAAAGCAAGGAAUGAGCGUGCCUUCAAGAAUCGUAUCCCGUGGCCCCCAAAUACCUGUAGGCAGACCGUCAGGGAAUUCACCGAAUGGACAUCGUGCCCGAGACUAUCCCAACCUCAUGUCCAAACAUCUUCUGUUCAGCUCAGGGAUAACCUACCUCAUCCUUCUCCACCGCCAAGCAAUCACCACAUGGUGAUUCACUGUGAUGGGUCGUUCAUAAGCGACUCCCAGCCGGCGGCUUAUGGUGUUGUUGUUAUUAACCACCAUGGACAAGUAUGCGAUGGGCGAGCUGAUAUUUUACUUUGUUCCACCCCGUUUGAAGCUGAAGCGAAGGCGCUUUUGGAAGGUCUCAAAUUAGCCCAAGAAUAUGGAGGAGAAUGUAUUGUCCAAUCAGACUGUCUUAAUCUUGUUCAAGCUCUCAGACAGGACAAAGCGGGAUGGCCAUGGAGGGGAGCGGCAUGGAUGGGAUCCAUGAAAUCGAUCCUUCAGGCCUCAAAUCGCAUUGAGGUCAGGUUUGUUCAUAGAAAGUUUAAUGCUAGAGCUGAUUGGGUGGCCAGGUCUUUGGCAAGAAAUUCACUCCCAGAUGACUGGAUUAGUAUUCUUGAUCUAAUUUCCGAUUUCCUUUAGCCUUGUAACCGCCGUUUUUGGUUUCACCAGAGUGGAAUAAAGUUCAUCUUUGGUCAAAAAAAAAAAAAAAAUUUGUUGCAGCAGUGAUAUCUGUCAAUUUGGCUGUAUUUGUAGCAGAUUUCGUUCUGUUGGGUCAGAAUUUUCAUUUUAGUUUUCAGUUUUCUUUUGUGAUUUUGCCUUCUGUCCUACUUUUGGCGGUGAUCACUUUGUUUGUUACCUUUAUUUUAACAUUUCUCAAUUGCCAUAACAAACGAGCAAGAAAGUUUUAUAUUCAUAUAAUAUUCUUUUAUUUGCUUGGGAUUUGAUCGUAUUUUGUUUGAAUUAUGUUUGUCUUUGUAUUAAUUAAACAACUAAAUUUAUGCUUGCGUCAUGAUCAUGCAAUUAAACAUGCAAUUAAACAUGAUAAAGUACAUUAUAUUAAUUAAACUGAUUGAUCGGCUAAUAAAAAGAAAGCGGCUAGGAUACAAAACUUCUUGAUAUGAUGAUACGAUUUGGUUUUGUGUGGUUUUACAGGCUAGAGUUUAAAAUAUAACCUAGACCAUAAAAUAAUCUACCACUAAAUAAGUUUGUUCGAUAUUUUUUCUAACAAUAUAUUAUGUUAAUAUGAAGUAAGGUUAUCAACCUACGAGUCGAUCGAUUUUAACCCUGAUCCGGUGAGAAAAACGAGCCACACAUCCGCGGGCUGACCCUCUGCAAGGUUAUCGGGUUACAUGUCAUACGGCGUCGUUUUUCAUUUGGUUUGUGAAAUGUGCCUCUUUUUCGAUUUUCCUCUUUGCCUAACCGUAUAUUUGAAAUUCUAAGUUGAACAUUUGAUCAUUGAUGUUAUAUAAGUGUGUGUGAAUUUUCACUAUAUGUUGAAUUCAAGUACGACCUAUUACUUUGGUGUAAUAUUAUAUGUUAUUACUCAUAUGUUAUAUGAGAUUGUAUAUAAUUUAUAAGGGGAGUUCUACGGUACCCAGGGUGAAAUCUGGGGUACCGAAUACCUUGAGUAAGAAAACGCUAUCCAGAACUUGAAUUGACUAUUCUUUCGAACAUGAUAUUAUACUCUAACCCUUAAAGAUCAACAUCUAUGUCUUAAUUCUCUAAAUCUUAUACCCGAAGAUCAAUUUAAUUAGAAACAAUAAUCGACGGUUAUGAUUCGUCCAAAUAUAGGUAAAAAAAUCAAUGCACCAUUUUAGGGUUUAUAGUUUAUGAUUUAGAUAAUUAGGACCUAGGGUUCACUCACUAAGGGUUAGGGUAUAGUAUCAUGCCCAAAAAUCCUGCUAAUUCGAUGUUUAGAUAGUGUUUUCAUACUCAAGGUAUGCAGUACCCCGGAUUUCACCCGGGGUACCGUAGCUAAAUCGAGAUAAAGCGAUCGGACCGUUAACUCUCAAUACACUUAUUCCAGCGGACUAACGGACUAAACCGGGUUGACAACUUUUCCUAAAACGUUUAUGUUAAAGAUGUUGCAUUUAGUUUCACACGAAUAAAUAGAUCCAUUUGCAUGGAAUCAUGAGAUAUUAUUUUGCAUCUUUGCUGAUUUUUAGUGCACUUGGGUCUUGGAGGUAGUAUUGUGUUCUACGCUGGAAAGACAAAACCUGAACCAACAAAAUAUAUAUGAUCGACUCCCAACCAAAAGGGUUCAUUUCUUGCCUCAAAACACAAAUAUCAAAAAGCUCUCAGGCAACCACAACAAUGGAAGAAGCACAAACCAAGAAAUUUCCACUUUAUUGUUGAUUUGUUUCCAAAUUCAAAUAGUGUUUGUUGUCUCGUCAGUGGUCACAUAGGAAAAGGAAGAGGAGAAGAAUAGAAGCUAAAAGGGAAAAGAUUGGAUGUGACUUUCUGAAAAAGAGAUCAUCAGUCACCACUCAAUACAAAUACAAAACCAGA